AUUUUCGGGAAAACUGCGAGUGCAAACCCGAUCGAGCUGAAGAAAUUUAAAAGGGGUGUGGUUCUACUCGCAAAUAAAACUUACUGGUUGUUUCUCCUGAUGAGCUGCAGUAUUUUUCGUACAAAAUGGGAAACUUAUUUGGAGGACACAAAAAGUCACGAGUUACUGAACAGGAUAAGGCUGUACUUCAAUUGAAGCAGCAGCGUGACAAAUUGAAAAUGUACCAGAGGAAAAUUGAGGCCUCGUUAGCCAAAGAAAGAGAAUUAGCUAAGAAGCUUCUCAAAGAGGGAAAGAAGGAGAAAGCCAAAUUACUGCUGAAGAAGAAACGCUACCAGGAAUCACUUCUCACCAAGACUGACAAUCAGUUAGACAAUCUAGAGAAGAUGACGUCGGAGAUAGAAUUUGCUCAAAUCGAGCAUCAGGUCAUUGAUGGACUCAAAGUUGGGAACGAUUGCCUGAAGAAAAUGCACCAGAUGAUGUCUCUAGAGGAUGUAGAAAAGAUCAUGGAUGAGACCAGAGAAGGCAUUGAAUAUCAAAAUGAGAUUGACGAGUUGCUAGCGGGUGGCUUGACUGAAGAAGAUGAAGAAGCCGUGCUCGCUGAGCUGUCCCAGAUAACGGGAGAAUCGGAGAUCACCUUACCUACUGUGCCUAAAGAUCAACUUCCACAAAUUGAUGACAAUGAACCACAGAGGGAGACAGAGCGAAGAAGGAAAGAGCCAGAGUUGGUGCCAGCAUCGUGAUGAUGUUCACAUUGAACAUAGAAAGGAACUUCUUCAUUUCUUGAUAAACUGGAUAUUGAACCACAGAGGGAGACAGAAAGAUCCAGUUUGUGACAACAUCAUGAUGAUAUAUAAACACAGAAAAGAACUUCAUUUCUCUCUUGGUAAACUGGAUAUCUGUUAGCAAUUGUCAAACGUGUGAAUGAAAGUGAGCAAAGAUGGCUGCAGUUUGUGCAAACAGGAUAUGAGAAAUAAUAAUUUUCCGCCUUUAUAUAGUGCUCGAUACAUUGGAACGACGUCUGUAAGCGCUUUACAGGUAUAUUGUUACCCCGGUCAUCAGAUCGUUGCAUGCCCGGCUUCCCGCAUACAAUAUAUGCACCUUCUUCACUUCCUGGGGAGGAUUCCAACAAGAGUUCCAAGACAUACUAUAUAGGCUUGCGCAUCUUACCAGGCACCCAUUUAACACCUGGGUGGAGAGUGGCAAAUUGUGGAUUGUAUGUUUUCUAUGAAAUAAUUUCUUGAUAAACGGGAUAUCUGUAAGUUUUGACUUUCUUGUACGAGAGUAAACUGAGAGUCAAUGCAGCUGGGUUUUGAACUUCUGACCUCCUGGUUGUGAGACGGACGCUCUACCAACUGAGCCAAUACCCCGGUUUUAUGGUGUCAACUUCAGUAUUACAUGUAUGUACUUAAAGCAAGCAAACUGUAAAUAGUGCAUCUGAUUCAAUCAAAAAGCCUCAAUUUUCAAAUUUAUCUAUUAAACAAAUCCACAACGCCAAUGAAAUUUAUAAUAUCUAUAGAUUGCUAAUGACAUUAUCAGAUAUUCAC